AUGCCAAACUCCUCCACCGGCAGCUCCGGCGUAAUCAACUUUCCACCUAUCCCAGCGACGAACCAAUUCCAGAGAAACGGUAGUGAGGCGGUGUACAAAGUUUCGGAGACGAAGAGCGCGUGCGUGGUGGUGCGACUGGACAUGCCAGGCUGUCCAGAUUCAGACCUCGUCUACUGGAUCGAAGGCAUUAACGUCCACUACGACCACGAUGGACGCAGAUACGGAGGCACCAUGGUUUUCAACCCAGAGACUUAA